AUGAAAAUCUUAAAGUAUGGCAAAUUGAAAACGAUUGAAUGCAUUGUUACAAUAAUUACUGGACUUGAUUUCUUCUGUUUAACAUUUUAUGGACAUUCCAUCAACAAGCGACGUGACAAGAAUCAAUUCAAUGCGAUUUUAAAAGCUACAUGCGAGAAAACAUUUAAAAUUCCAAACUACUAG